AUGCUUCUGAAGGAUACUUCUGUAGUUGUCCAACACACCUCAAAAGCUUCUGACACUACUUCUAGUAAGCUUCUUGAAGCUAGCACUCCAAUUACUUCUGAUUCUGUGAUUUUCAAAAGGAUAUUACCAAUCAAACCCCCUUCUACUUCACAAUCCAUUCCAGUCACUUCCAAACCUUCUAAACCUAUUUUACUUCCACCACCUCCUAAAUCACCCACUAUAAAAUAUGUUACAGAAACUCCUCAAGUUUCUGAAACUUUGUCACAACAACAACAACAUAUACCAUCACCCCUAUCUCCUUCACAGUUACAAAUUUCACCCAAUCCACCACCAUUUAUUUAUGCUCCCCAACCAAUAAAUCCAAAUUUCACAACUUCCAGAACAUCCCCUUCAAGAGUUUCUAACAGCCAUGUGUCUAAAGGCACUCUUGAAGGUAUGUUUAACUAUGAACCUGAACCAGUCCUCUCCGACCCUUAA